GCCGUUUUCGUGACGAGACGUCUCGUGCGUCGUGCUGCUGUAGAAGCUCAUCUCGAACAGCACAGCUGCUGCGUUCCUUCUUACGUUCCCGCCGGUUUGUAGUAGUUUUGAACCAAAACGCCGGUUCCGGCCACGGUCAGUGUUGCGCGAUAAAAAGAAGGGAUUAAUCAACGAUCGGAAGCCGCGCGGUACGGACACGUCCCCGGAAGUGAAAACGAGUGUGUGGGUGAAGAUUCCAGCACCGGAUGACAUCCGCCGAAUGUGCAGUGUACCGAAAGGGGUUCGCUUCACUUUCUUGGUGCCUUGCCUUCUCAGCAUCCGCAGACAACGACCGGAAGUGCAAUCGGUGGUGGUGAUGGUCAAAGGAUGACAUAAAACCAUAGAGGGAGAGAGAGAGAGAGAGAGAUAUACAUAGAGAGCAGCGAGUGAUACAAUAACUACGCGAGUGAGUCACAUUACACCGCCCGUUCCCGUGGUUUGUGGAUUUUCCCCGUGAUUCCUGGGGAUCUAUACUCUCGUGUGUGUUUGUGUGUGUGUGUGUGGUGUUCGUCCAUGUGAUGUGCCGGUGACCCCCGCGCGGUGGUUUACGCUCACGAUCCUGACCUUAUUAGAAGCCAUCAGUCAUAUAGAGCAGCCCGCGCCAGAGCAAAAAGGGUUGAAGGAGAUAAAAGGAAAAAGUAAAACCCGAUAAGCAAACAACACAGCAAGUCAAGUCAAGUCAAGUGUGCGCGUCACGUCAGUAACAUCACAAUCGCAGCGGAAGCAGCAGAAGUGACCGUGGUGGGUUAUAGUGUUCUGUGUGUGACACAAGAGAAAGAAGAGAGAGAAAGAGGAAGAGAGGAAGAGAAGGGGCAUCAGAAACCCUUUUCCGAAUUAUAAUUGAUAUAGUCAACUGUGGUAGGCGCGGCGGGUCCAACAAGCAACAAGUAGCGGAAGUAGUAACAGUGCAGUGCAGACUACUAUUAUCCGGUAGCACGUGAGUGUGUGUGUGACUCAGCUUGGCUGACCUUCUGCCUACCAACUACCACCCCAAAAAAAAAAAUCCGAAUGUGGUCCGAGGCGAUGAGCAGCUUGGCCAAGAUGUAUCCCAAGCUGAGCCCCGUGGAACUGUCGGCGAUACUGAUGAAAGGUGCAGCAAUGUCUGCGUCACUGGAGCGUGACUCCGGUUUCAAUUCGGGCAGUUCCGAGCACGAGGAUGAUCUGAAAUCCCUCGAUCAGAGCUCUCGCGAUGGUCUGAUCAGCCCAGAGAACAGUUCGGAGGAUUCGGUCGAGGUGAAGCUACCAUCCUCCUCGCCGUCCACCACGUCGACGACAGCCACGACAACCCCGGUGACGUCAUCCCUAUCGGCACCUCAAUCGGUGGCGGUGGCAUUGGUCAAGAACAAGCGCAAAAGUUCCGAACCGUUGCGUGUAGUGGCCGAAACGGAACUUCUCGCACCACUCAAGAAACGCAUCCGCUACGAUCACACCAAGCAUCAGCAAGACGCAGCUCCGGCGGUCCGCCAGACGACGCCAGACGAUGACGAUGAGCGAGGCGACACAGAGGAGGUGGACGAGGAGCGGUCCGUAUCGCGUACCGCCGCUACCAGCCCCUUCCGACCAUGGGCUCCCGAGGCAGGACAUACGCAGGGGAGUGGAGGACCAGCGGUAGCCCCUGCCAGCCCCUUUCCCCAUCCAGCCGAUCUACUCGCCCGACAUCCGGCCGUUACUACACUCCAUCGGCCACCAUUCAGCACGAGUCCGGUCGACCAACAGCAGCAACCGUUGGCUCUGGUAUCGAAGAAGAGCUCAACGAACGGGGCCGAACAGUGCCACGGUGUUGGCUCACCCUCCCGGGCCUCCCAAUCACCUGCCCGACGUAUCUCGGAGUGCACUUCACCCUCGGAAGAGGAGAUGGCCGGUGAGAUGGCCCUUCAGCGUAAGCUACAAUUGUUGCACCAUCAACAACAGCAGCAACAGCAACAGCAGCAACAACAACAACACCAGCACCACCAUCAUCACCCCAGUCACCAUCAACAUGAGGAGUUUGUGGCCCCACAUGCACCACCCUCGAUCGACGAUGGACGCUCGAACGAUUCGAUGACGGAUCAUGAGCAUCACCACCAGCAGCAGCAACAGCAUGGUGGUCAUGGCAAGGGUUCCUCGUCCGCCUCCUCCUCCUCGGCGAUCCACUCGCGCAACUACAAAAACAUGACGCGCGAGCGGCGCAUCGAAGCGAACGCCCGGGAGCGCACGCGCGUCCACACGAUCUCGGCCGCCUACGAGAAGCUGCGGCACGCCAUACCGGCCUACUCGAACGCCCAGAAGCUGUCGAAGCUGUCGAUACUGCGGAUCGCCUGCUCCUACAUCCUGACGCUCAGCCGGAUGGCGGGCGAGGACUACAGCGAGGACGGUUCCGAACCAUCGAUCGCCGACUGCGUCGCGAUGGUCACGCAAACCAUCCAGACCGAGGGCAAGAUCCGCAAGAAGAAGGACGAAUGAGAGCAGGGGGGCGGGGGGGUUGGCGCUUGACCGGUGCAGUGCAGAGCACUGUCCGGGCCGGUUGGAGCAUCUCUCGUCGGAUCGCGCGGAUUCGCUUAUUAUUUAUUUUUAUUUUGUAAAUCAACGGCAACGGCAUGGGAAUGUGUGCUGCCCACUGUCCGCGGAUCUUUCUCCCGCCUAUUGAUUGGCGGACGAGUGAGGGGG